UUAGACUUUGCAUUUGUCUAUGUGGAUGUGACUCAUCAAACAUGCGACAUGUAGGUGAUUGAAGAACCAUGCCACUGCCAAUUUCAUGAAUUUUGUUAAAGUUAUUUGAAAGUUUCAAAAGUCUUUCAUGAAAGAUUAUUUUCAACUGAUAUUGACUUAUCGACUGACUUGUAUAAUUUUUAUUCCAAUUUCCAAUCGGCUUAGCAAGUUCACGACAGGGCUCAAACGUCAGUUCUAUAGACACAAUACUUGUCAAUUUUUGUAUGUCAUGUGUUUCAAAGAAAGUAAGAGGUUAGCGAGGUAUCUGCUCCUCCUGUGUUUUUCUCUGACCAAGAUCCUCUCAUCAUCAUAUGGAGCCAACACCAUAAAUGCAAACCAGUCUCUUUCUGGAGACCAAACGAUCAUAUCCGAAGGUGAAGUGUUCGAGUUGGGUUUCUUCAAAGCAGGUAACUCAUCCAAGUAUUACAUAGGCAUCUGGUAUAAAAAGGCCUCUUCCAAUCCUCCCACCAUAGUUUGGGUGGCAAACCGAGAAACACCCAUCUCAGAUAGAUUCCAAUCGGAAUUAAAAAUCAUCGAUCGUAACUUAGUGCUCUUAAAUGAGUCCAAAUUCCAGAUUUGGUCCACGACAAUCACCACCACCACCAUAACUUUGAAACCUGCAAUAGCUGUUCUUCUUGAUGAUGGCAACUUAGUCUUGAGAUACAGUACUUCAAAUUCCAUUGAACCUUUUUGGCAAAGUUUUGACCACCCAACUCAUACUUGGUUGCCUGGUGCUAAACUUGCUUAUGAUAAUAGAACCAAAAAGAGCCAACUUCUUACAUCAUGGAGAAGCAAAGAAGAUCCUGCUGUAGGACUCUUCUCUUUCGAGCUUCAUCCGUUUAAUAACCAGUAUGUAAGCAAGUGGAAUAGCUCCCAGCAAUAUUGGACAAGUGGGGCGUGGAAUGGGAAAAAGUUUGACUUUGUUCCUGAAAUGAGGUUGAAUUACAUUUAUAAUUUCAGCUACCAUACGAAUGUAAACGAGAGUUACUUCACUUAUUCCGUGUAUAAUUCUUCCAUUAUGUCUAGAUUUGUAAUAGAUGUUUCUGGUCAAGUUCAGCAACUAACAUGGUUGGAAACUACCAAACAGUGGAAUUUAUUUUGGUCUCAACCAAGAACGCAGUGCGAGGUCUAUGCUUCGUGUGGGGCUUUUGGGACUUGCAGCCAAUCUGGAUUACCUUUCUGUAAUUGCUUGACUGGCUUCAACCCUAGAUCAGAGAGUGAUUGGAAUCAGAGUGAUUUCUCAGGUGGGUGUGUGAGAAAAACCGAUUUACAGCGUCGGAGAAACGUGGAAAAGCUUGAUUUUCUCAUGAUUGCAGUCAAGAAUCUGCCUCCAAAUCAAUCUGUGGAAAGUGGGAGUGAGGGAGAAUGUCGUACCACAUGUUUGAACAAUUGCUCAUGUAAUGCUUACUCUUUCGUGGAUAAUCAAUGUUCAAUUUGGGAUGGAGACCUCAUGAAUCUCUCAUUAGACGAUUAUAGCAGGAAAACAAUUUACAUCAAAGUUGCUUCUAAAGAUCUUAAUCAUCCUAAAAAGAGUAAUCUGGUUAUGGUGGGUGCUAUUGUUGGGUUCGUGGGAGGUGUUGUUUUUGCCAUGGGUCUAAUUUUGGUUUUAAUCUAUAGAAAAAAGAGGACAUCGGUGGGAAAGACAACAAUGGAGGGAUCGUUGGUGGUGUUUGACUACAAAGAUUUACAAACGGCUACAAAAAAUUUCUCAAAUAUAUUAGGAGGAGGGGGUUUUGGUUGCGUUUUCAAAGGGGUAUUGUGUGAUUCAUCGAUUGUAGCAGUGAAAAAGCUUGAAAGCAUCAGCCAAGGAGAGAAGCAGUUCAGGAGCGAAGUCAGCACAAUUGGUAUCAUCCAACAUGUUCAUCUUGUUCGUCUUCGUGGGUUCUGUGCAGAAGGUAACAAUAAGUUAUUGGUGUAUGAUUACAUGGAAAACAGCUCUCUAGACACCCAUCUUUUCCAUGGUAAACAUCUUCUAAACUGGGAAACGAGGUAUCAGAUUGCACUUGGAACUGCAAGAGGGUUGGUUUAUCUUCAUGAGAAAUGCAGAGACUGUAUCAUUCACUGUGACAUAAAGCCUGAAAACAUUCUUCUAGAUGCCGAAUUCUGUCCAAAAAUUGCAGAUUUUGGUCUUGCAAAACUUGUUGGUCGAGACUUUGGUAAGGUUUUAACGACUAUAAGAGGCACACGGGGAUAUCUGGCACCUGAAUGGUUAUCGGGGGUGGCUGUAACAGCUAAAGCAGAUGUUUUUAGCUAUGGAAUGAUGCUUUUUGAAUUAGUAUAUGGUAAGCGAAAUGCAGAGCAAUCUGAAGAUUCAAGGAGUCCAUUCUUCCCUUGUUUGGUUGCGAAUGUUCUUAUGGUGGGAGGCGAUAUCCUUAGCUUGUUAGACAGUAGGUUAAUGAGGGAAGCUAGUGUUGAAGAAGUCACAAAAAUUUGCAAAGUCGCGUGUUGGUGUAUCCAAGAUGAGGAAGACAGUAGGCCUUCAAUGAGUCUGGUGGAACGGAUUCUUGAAGGGGUUUUGGAUGUGAACAUCCCUCCGAUCCCUAGAUCUGUCUCUUUAUUUUCUUUGGUAUGCUUAUAAUGAUAAAGAUUGUAUUGUUAUAGAAUAAAUGAGCCAUUGACUUUUUGUUGCAAUGCGACACUCUACAAGAAUGAACUAUAUUGGAGAUAUAAUUUGUUUUCUUUGCAUCUA